CCUUUGCCAGGGCCAGUUGCGAAGGGUCGAGCGCGCAGGCUGGGCGCAGGGUGGGUGGUCGCCUGAGGCGAUGGCGGCCGGCGGCGGGGCGCCUGGUUUGGCGGCCGGCGCGGGGGGCUGGCGCCUGCCCGGGCGAGUGCUGGAGUUCGUCUUCUCCUAUCUCGAGCUGCGCGAACUGCGGAGCUGCGCGCUGGUGUGCAAGCUGUGGUACCGCGUCCUGCACAGCGACGAGAACAGCGAGGUGUGGCGCAGCCUGGCCGCUCGCAGCCUGGCCGAGGAAGCGCUGCGCACCGACAUUCUCUGCAACGUGCCCACCUACAAGGGCAAGGUACGUGCCUUUCAGCAUGCUUUCAGCACCAAUGAUUGCUCAAGGAAUGUCUACAUUAAGAAGAAUGGAUUUACUUUGCACAGGAAUCCCAUUGCUCAAAGUACGGAUGGAGCAAGGACCAAGAUUGGCUUCAGUGAAGGCCGGCAUGCAUGGGAAGUCUGGUGGGAAGGUCCUCUGGGCACAGUGGCAGUAAUUGGAAUUGCUACAAAACGAGCCCCCAUGCAGUGUCAGGGUUAUGUGGCACUCUUGGGCAGUGAUGAUCAGAGCUGGGGCUGGAAUUUGGUGGACAAUAACUUGUUACAUAAUGGAGAAGUCAAUGGCAGCUUUCCCCAAUGCAACAAUGCACCAAAAUAUCAAAUAGGUGAAAGAAUUCGUGUCAUCUUAGACAUGGAAGAUAAGACACUUGCGUUUGAGCGAGGCUAUGAGUUUCUAGGAGUUGCAUUCCGGGGACUUCCAAAGACUUGUCUGUAUCCAGCAGUGUCUGCUGUGUAUGGCAACACUGAGGUGACAUUAGUUUAUCUGGGGAAACCUUUAGAUGGAUGACUUUUUUUUUUGACUGGGACAUGAAGAUCAAAUUAAUAAUGUGGAGAAACCUGCAUGUAAGUUAAAAGGAAAGCACGAGUGCAAUGUGUGGACAUGUCAGAGAAGCAUCCAGGAAAACCAAAAUGCUUGAUUUGGAAGACCAGGCUGUACUGAAGAGAUUGCUUUGUUUCCUUUUUCUGCUGGACCAGAAAAAUCCUCAUGGAUGGUAGUGGUUGAAUGGGCAGUUAACUACAUGCACAUUGCAUAAAAUUUUGUUGCAAAAGUGGCAAAAUGAAAUCCUGUACAUAUUCAAGGCAAUGUUUAAUAGAAGUGGUUGCGGAAGUUACCCAAGAGUUGUAGGUAGUGUUUUGUGAAAAGGCUCCGUUUUGAAAUCCUUCCCAUCUGUCAGCCAGUGCAUUUCCCAGAGGUCAUUGAAACUGGUUGAGUUUUAUUUAAUGUAUUUUAAAUGUACUGAGAAGCAUGGUCUCUGGACAGCAGUUCUCUAGAGCUAAACAUUGUGCAGCUAUAUUGAAGUGUAUUUUAAAGAUGGUAUGUACAGAACAUGUUAAAAAUCAGAACAAAACAAAAUGUUGGUUUCUCUUUAACUGGGAUAUAAUUUUUAAAUGGACAAACCACUACAUAUUAGUUGUCAGCUUUGGUCCUAAAGAUGGACAAUAUGUAUACAAGUGCACUUCUUUUGUUUUGUUAUAAAGCAUCUCUUGUGGCAAAAGAAGCUAUGUAUGCUUAUUGUAAAAUGGCUGCAAUUCAAUAACUAGAAUAGAGUUCAGAUAGGGAGGAGAGAUAAUUUUUUUGUCUUUGUUUGGCUGAAAUUUUACUGAGUUUUACAAAUGACAAUAAGUCUUUAUAUUCAUCUUAUGAAAUAAAUGACUUAAUGUUACAAACUGUGAACAUUCUGCACCAAAUACUGAUGUUUGUUAUCUUCAGAAUUGUAUGUAGAAGCAGUGCUUGGUGGAUUAUACCUUUUUAAAGGUGUGCAGUAUCCACAGACCUUCAUUUUGGCUUAUAAACAAACCUGCUUUCUUGAAACCAAUAUUAAGUCUUGCAUAUUUAAUUAUUUUGAAAAUUUGGCUUUUAAAGUACUAUAAAAGUAGUGCUUAAUGUCCUAUAAAUAUGGUUUUAAAAUAUUUAAAGCUUAACUUAAAUACAUGGAAUCUUAAACACAAAUCAGAUAUCUAACAUUCACAAUUCAGAUGCAGGCUCUGUCCAUCUGUAGUAAGGACUAGCAAAAUCAUUUGGCUGUAGCUUAUGGUGAAGACCAAGAAGGGUUUUUUUUGCAAAAUAAAUGAUUGUGUGCACGGGAAACACAAAAUCAUGGCAUAACUGCUUUUGUCCAAGACAAUCCCCCCUCACCCCCAAAGUUUUACAGCUCUGCUUUUCUCUGAAAGAAUACAACAUUCAUGUAUCACCUGCACAGUUUGCAUGUGUUAACUUUGUAAGUCCUCAGUGCAGUUCUUGGUACUAAAUAUCAUUUGCCAUACUUUAUAGGGCUAUUUAUUUUAAGUAUAUGUGAUAAAAUAUUUUGGGAGGAAACAAGACGUUUACAUACUUCGUUAUCUGAAUUAAACAUUCUUGCAAAUAUCAAAGGAUUUGCUAGGGGUGCAAAGGAGAACUACUUGUCUUGAAUACUAAUUCUUGAUUUCAGCAGGGAAAGUGGUACAUACAGCUAGCUGAGAUCUGUGAAUGCUGCUGAUUGCCUACAUGUGUAUUUUUAAUAAUAAACUCUUAGCCUACAGGAAAAGAUUAUAUUGCUGCAUGAAACGUUUAAAGCUGUAAUUCAUAACAUAAUACAAUUGGUGGUGCCACUAAACCCAAAAAUAAUAGUUACAGUGGUCAUUCUCUGAUAUUUCUGGCAAAUCUAGUUCAGUUGGUCUGCACUUUAGCCAUCUUGGCAUAAUGUCCUACCAUCGUAAUAUAUCUGGCUAUUUCCAAAGCACUGCUGCUACCUCUUUAUGGCAACCACAGAGGACAGUUAUGAUAAGUGCUUUGUUUUGAAUUGCAAAUCACUAGUCUACUGGUGGCCCAGGAGUAGUGGUAGCAUAAGUGCGAGGCAGAAAGAGGGUGCUAAAAAUGGAGGGAGGAUUCAGGAGAGGAAGUCUAUGCAGUAAGAACUUCAUGUUUGCAUGCUUUUGACAGUUCUGGCUUUAUUCUUUUCACACCUUUCUCCCUCUCUGUUCAGGCACAGCAUCACCCCAUACUUUGGGGCGGGGGGGGGGUGCUGCAUAUGUGAAUCUUUUUUUCUAUUUGUCAUGCGUCGCUUUUUAACAGGAUAUGUUCAUAUUUAGUCUGUUUCUAAAAUGCAAAACUAAGCAAAUAAAAAUGUCUUUCAGUACUCAGUACUGUAAACAAUUGAAUGCAGUGGUGAAGAUUUGCAACUUCUUCCAUUUAUAAAGAUCUCUUGAUAACAUUAUCUAUGUAGUAUGCUACAAAAUAUAGCACUACAACAAGAUCCUGUGGCAUGAACUAAAAUAAAAGGGGGAAAGCUGCAGUUUGAUGGAUAUGAUCUGCCAGUGCACACUUGAAUAGUUUAUCUUAUGUGCUUAUUUAUACAUUCCGGGUAAAGAGUGUUAAUCCUAAGAACUGUGCCAGAGAAUUCUUGAUGGUUACUUCCAUUGGUAUAGGAUAUCUUGCCACCUUUUCCUAUACAUUUUGCAUAGCAUUCUGUUUUUGUCAAUUGGUCCAUAAUUCCUUGGGGUGCGGGGGACUGCUUAUGUAAAUAAAUCUUUUAAAUUAUUACCUGAACAUCAAUUGCAAGCUGUAGAAAAUACUGAAAUAAA